AUGUCGACAAACACGAAUCCCGAUCCCGCCGCCACAGCUCCGGCCUUCAUCCCCCUCGAGGCCAACCCGCAGCUCUUGACGACGCUCAUCCACAAGCUCGGCGUGUCUUCCGCGCUGCAAAUGCAUGACGUCUAUUCCCUUACCGAGCCCGAGCUACUUGCCUUCAUCCCACGGCCAGCACUGGCGCUUCUACUAGUGUUUCCCAUAUCGGCGGUGUAUGAGAGCCACCGAAUGGCAGAGGACAGCUUGGUGGCCGAGUAUAGCGGCACUGGGAACAUGGAGCCCGUGCUGUGGUGGAGGCAGACGAUUCGGAAUGCGUGCGGGCUGAUGGGUCUGUUGCAUGCCGUGACGAAUGGACCGGCGAGAGAGUUUAUCACCGAGGGAUCGACACUCGACGAUCUCAUCAAGAAGAGCACCCCACUCCGUCCUGCCGAACGCUCCAAACUGCUCGAACAGACACCAGCACUGGCUGAUGCACACAAGGCGGCUGCCACCGAGGGAGAUACCCCAGCCCCGGACGCUCAAGACGACGUCGACCUGCACUAUGUUUGCUUUGUAAAGGGCAACGAUGGCGGCCUGUGGGAGCUUGAUGGACGAAGAAAAGGUCCCAUUCGGAGAGGAGACUUGGACAAGAAUGAGGACGUGUUGAGUGAAAAGGGCUUGAGCUUGGGAGCGCUGAAGUUUUUGGAGAGAGAGGGUGGAGAUUUGAGGUUUAGUGCCGUGGCGUUGGCUGGGACGCUGGAUUGAUUGGGCUGUAUUGCUGAAUGAAGAAAGAGGGGGCGCAAGACGAGGGGCAUUGAGUCUCGGAGUUUCUUGAGUAGUAUGUUUUUGGAAAGGCUCUAUUGGGAAAGCUUCUCGUGGGAUGAGUAUCCAGGCAUAGCACUAGAGAUGGGGCUAUGAAAGGAUAAGACUUCAUUUGUGAAUGCAGCAAGCGAAGAUUUGGGCUAUUCGUAAUAUGAGAUAUCUGCCCACUCAUCU